CCCUAAAAAAGUAAUACCGUUUUCGAUAUCUUCUUUGUUUUAUUGGGAAUUAACAUUUUUCAAAGUUAUUCCCUGAAAAUAAACUUCUAUAACUAAUUUUUAAUGUUUUUAAUGUAGUUGAAGUAAUAAGUACCUGUUGAACUACUAAUAUCUCGCUUAUUGUGAUUCAGGUGCGUUUACAUUUCGAUAGGCAAUUAAAUUUUUUUUGAUAGACAAUUAACAUUUUAUUUUCAGGCUACUUUUACACAUUUUUUAUUAAUCUGAAAUUUUCAGGCUAAAACUGAUAAAAUUUCCCAUUCGGGAUUGACUUUCACGAAAUCCGGGAUUCAACAUUUUCUAUUCCUAAAAAUUCUGGAAUUUUUAGAAUUGGCAUCCCUAACAUUUGUAACAUAAAUACCAAAAAAAAAACUAUUAAAAAAAUUUUAAAAUUUUGUGAAUUGUAAGAAAUCAAAAUUGUGAAAGUUUAGAAAUAAAAAUUAUUAACGUUAUUAUCUUAGCGGAAUUUCAAUUUAGAUCGAUAAACAAUGUCUCAUCAAAUAAAAUCGACAUCUUACUUUCAGCGCAUGCUAACGAAGAGCAAACAAAAUGGACAAUUACAGAUGCUUCAGAAAGAGUAUGAACGUGUGAAUUUUUUAAAUGAGUCUAAGAUUGAGAUGAAAAUGCGUCAAAUACGCUUGAACAAGUUAUUUAAAGAAAUUGAACAGAUAAAAAAAUGUGAUUUAAAGAGACGUAAUCGAUUGCAUUUUAAAAGAUCCGAUAGACCUAAAACUAAAGAAACUGAACGGAUGCAAAACUUUAAAAAGGCUAGAAACUUGGGUCAGUACUUUUCUCAACGCAAUUUGAGGACAACAAUUAGAAAAAAGCAUCAAUUACUCCGAAAAAGAUACAAACUGGAAGAUGCGCAGCCAGAAACUUCUGUAUCAAAACGCAACAAGUACGGAAAUGAAAUAUCUAAUUGGAACAGACAAAAGUUUUUAGUUAAGAAUGCACGUAAAGAGUUCAGAACAUUUCAUAAAGAACUCACAAUCAAUGUUGAGAAACAGACAUCUCAUUUCGUCUCCAACACAUUAAAAAACAACGGAAUUAACACAACAUCGAAGAUACACGGCGAAUAUAUUAAUUCAAACGACUGCAUUAGUCUGCAGAUAGAUAGAAACAGUAAUGCUAAGACUUCGGUUUUAACAUUAAGUGAAAAUGUUCACCUUAUAGAUUUACAAAUUUGCGAUAAAAUGCAUGAAGCACUAUUAACAAAUGAUGACAGUCUUCAAAUCAUUGUACCCAGAGCAGUAAAAAAUUGGCAAAAACUAGCAAUACUUAUAAGAGACAAAUUUCAAAUAUAUAGAUCAAAUAAAGUUUGUGACCUAACCGACUAUAAAGCCAGACCUCUAAACAACAAACAAUUGGAAUGUUCUGAAAACAUUAGAGAAGGAAGUUCACCUAAAACCCCAAGUCUACCAGAGUCAAUGCCAAUUUUAAUACAAAAAAGUAAAUAUUUAAAGCCUCUUCAUAUUCCAGCCGAAGAUAUGUAUAACCCCUGUUGGGAAGAAAUAAAUUAUAGUUCAAAAUUUAGUGUAGGGAAGUUACGUAGACUUUUUGAAAAUGUUAGUUAAAAUUAAAAAAAAACUAAAUUUAUUUACUUUAUCAUAAAAUUCACGUUUGUAUGCAUAUAAAAAAGAUUUACUUUCUUCUUUAAUUCAUUUAUUUAAUUUUAGCGGGCACAGAGUUCCAAGCACAGCUUAAAGUAUUUAUAGUUACUGUAAAUGUUGUUAAAAUUAAAUUUAAUAAAAGUUACAGAAUUUCUUAUAUACUUAAAAA